CUAAUUAUAAAGCUUAUAACAAUAGUAAAUUAAAUCAAAAUAAUGAAUCUGAACAAAUUAUUGAAUCUGAACAAAGUAUUCAAUCUGAACAAAGCAUUGAACACAUUAUUAAAUCUGAUCAAAUAUUGAGUCUAAACAAAAAUGAUGAAUUAAACUCUAACUUAAAUGAAAGAAAUUAUAGUAAUACUGCUAAUGUUGAAACUAGUAUGGAUCAAAAUGUUGAGAUAAAUAAUAGUAUAACAUAUUUGUAA